UAUUUUAAAUGUUGGUACACAUCUCAUUAAAAUUUUAAAAUUCCUUCCAUAAUAUAGCAAAAUAUUGUUUGCAAACACAACAUAAAUAUUCGCGUUAUAUUUUGGAAUUGUAAUACACUGAUAUUACUGCAUUAAAGUGUACAUAUACUUGGCACUUGAUAAUCAUAUUGAAGAUGGGUUAUAAAAUGGGCGAAUUAAGAAAUAAUAGCCUCUACGACCGCGUUAACAAGCUUUUGGUGUCUUAUGAGUGGAGUGAUUGUACAUUUUUGGUGUGUGAUAAAAAAUUCAAAGCACAUAAAUUAAUACUAGGAAUAAGCAGUCCCGUAUUUGAAGCUAUGUUUUAUGGGCCCCUCUCAACUAACAGUGAAAUUGUUAUAACUGACAUUGAGCCUGAGAUUUUUCAACAAUUAUUAAAUUACAUAUACACUGACAAAGUAGAAAUAUCAUCAAUUGAGGAAGCCUUUGAAUUACUAUAUGUUUCAAGAAAAUAUUUACUAGACCACUUGUCAGAAGUAUGCAUAAAGUAUGUACAAUCAAAUGUAAACAUAGAUAAUGUUAUUACAAUUUUAAAUUACCCUGAUUACAUGCAAGAUAAACAAUUACUAUCUUCUUCACUUCGGUUGUUCUGUGAACAUGCUGCAUAUCUACUCAAAGAAAAUAAGAGAAAUAUUACAAGUUUUUGUUUGCAAAAAAUUCUUACAAGUGACAAUAUGAAUAUACCAGAAAAAGAACUUAUUAAAUUUACUUUUGAGUGGAGUACUUAUUACUGUGAAAUGAACAACAUUCCUGUUGAUUUUACAAAUCGAAGAGAUGUGUUAAUUAAAAAUGGAUUGUUUCAAUUAUUAAGGUUUUUAUCAUUAUCUGCAAACAAUUUGGAUGAAAUUGUUACAAAUGCAAAUAGCUUACUUCUACCUCAAGAAUUUGAGUAUAUUAAGAAAAUGUUAAAUGAAUGUAGUGUUUUAUGCACCAAUAAUAUAAUGGACACCAUUAGUACUGUCAUGAUACCAAGGAAUCCAUUGAAACUGCAAUGGUAUUUAUGUCAUCGUAGUCCUGUAAGAUCUGCCACUCCAGCUAUUAUAGAUUCAACUCAUAACUAUGUCCUUUGUAAAUUAAAAACUAAUAAAUCAAUAUUUAUUAAUUAUCUAAAUAUACCAUCGAGGAUGACACCAGUAUUGAACUUUUGUAACAACACACCAAAACAAUACCAUGAAAAUGUUUCAAUUUCAUUGAUAUGUGCCUCUGACAAUAGUGUCAUUGCACAAUAUAGAUAUAACAACAAUGUAGAUUAUGAUUCCAACAUUGAUAUUGAAUUUAAACAACCAUGUUUUAUUAAAAAAGAUAACUGGUAUAAAAUAUGUUUCCAUUGGCCGAGAGAUGACAAUAUGUUUUCAUUUUCAUACGGCAUUCAAUGCAGAGAUACGGCCUACACCAGCAAUAGAAUUUAUUUGGAAUUUGAAGAUGUAUUUUCAUCCUCUGAUAAUUAUGGUAGUUUUUUAAGAGGUUUGAAAUUUUGUCUGUAAUUUGAUGUGUAUUGCAUGGAAUAUGGUGUAACUUAUGGUGAACUUAAUUUAGA